AUGGCUUCCAAGGACGGCUACUCAUGGACAAAGGCGGACGGCCUGCGUCCCGGCAUUCCUUGCAUCGGCGCCAUUCAACCGCCUUCGAAUGUGAAGGAUGUGCAGGAGUAUGAUGUGAUUGUCGUUGGGGCAGGAUACUCUGGUCUUACUGCUGCUCGCGAUGCAAGCGUAGCUGGCCUCAAAGUCCUCCUCCUUGAAGCUCGUGAUAGAAUUGGCGGCCGCUCAUGGUCCUCCAACAUCGAGGGAUACCCCUACGAAAUGGGCGGCACAUGGGUAUAUUGGGGACAGGCAACUGUCUGGCGAGAAAUAGCCCGCUACGGAAUGCAGGACGACUUGGAGAUUUCGUACGACUUCUCAAGAGGCAUCAACAAGUUUCUGUUGGCAAGUGCCCAUGGGACACAGGACUUCACCCACGAACAAGAAGACGCCCUCAUGGAAUCCGCCCUCUGCAAGCUCGUCAACAUUGACGGCACCCACGGCCGCGACACCAUUCCCUACCCUCACAGCGGGAUACUCAACCCCCAAGCCCGUAAAUACGACUACGUCUCCGUGGCAGACCGCCUCGCCGAGAUAAAACACCAACUCACACCCAACGAACGCCUCUGCGCAGAAGCCUUCAUCCUGCUCUGCAGCGGCGCCACCCUCGAAACCACAUCCUUCUACGAAUUCCUCCACUGGUGGGCCCUCUGCGGCUACUCCUACGAAGGCUGCAUCAACCACCUCGUCAAGUACAAGUUCAAAGGCGGCCAGUCCUCCUUUGCGAUCCGCUUCUUCGGCGAGGCCCUCGCCUCCGGAAACCUAAGCUAUGCGUUCAACCAGCCCGUUGCCUCUGUAAAAGACUCGUCCUCCGGCGUCGCCGUCACCACCCGCACGGGACAGACGUUCAAGGCCCGCAGGAUGAUAAGCGCCAUGCCGCUGAACGUUCUGGCCGACGUUAAAUUCGAGCCGCCGCUCUCCAAGGGCAGAGAAGCGGCUGCCAAGACGGGGCAUGUCAACCAGACGGUCAAGGUGCAUGCCGAGAUUAGCGAUCGCGACUUGCGCUCCUUUACCGGCAUAAGCUACCCGCAUAAUAAUUUGAUUUAUGGAUUUGGCGAUGGCGAGACGCCCAAGGGGAAUACGCAUGUCGUUGCCUUUGGUGGCCAGCAUAACCAUUUCCAUCCCGAGGAUAGUAUUGAGCGGACGAUUGAGGCAUUCAAGGGGUUUGCGCCGAUGAAUGUGGAGAGAGUUGUGUUUCAUAAUUGGUCGAGAGAUGAGUUUGCAAAGGGAGCUUGGUUCUUCUCCGCUCCGGGUUUGCUGGCAGACCACCUCAAGGAUAUGAGAGAUCGACACGGAAAUAUCUUCUUUUCCUGCUCCGACUGGGCAUUAGGCUGGCGUAGCUUCAUUGAUGGUGCCAUUGAGGAAGGGGGUAGGGCCGCUGCUGCGGUGCGGGCUGAUCUUCUAGGACGCGCCAAGAUUUGA